CCUUAUCAGUGCAGAAUCACCUCGCCCUCUCCCAUACUCCCCUGUCAGAUCGCCGUCGGGUAGCUCCUAUAUCCUCCCCUUUCCAUACAAAUUGCACGUUGCUCUGUUUGGGCUGCUGGUUGCUCGGCGCUGAUCGUAUCGUGCUCCGUGCGCCAUGGACUGCCUUUUCGGUCUGGUAGGCGACGGUUUCGCGCUAGUCGUGGCGGACACGUCAGCGAACCAGUCGAUCGUGAUUAAGAAAACGGACGAGGAUAAGAUCAUGAUUCUUGAUGAGACCAAGUUACUCGCGACGUCAGGCGAGGCAGGCGAUAGGGUGCAAUUCUCGGAGCUGAUUCAGAAGAACGUCCACCUGUACGCCUUCCGCAACAGCAUCUCCCUCUCCACCGCAGCUGCUGCCAACUUCACCCGCCUCGAGCUCGCCACUGCUCUGCGCUCUCGGGGCUCGUACCAAACGAACAUGCUGCUAGCGGGGUUUGACAAGGAUGUGGGCCCAUCGCUCUACUACCUGGACUACCUCGCCACGCUGCACAAAGUCAAGCACACCGCCAUCGGCUACUGUGCGUACUUUGUGCUCUCCAUCUUUGACAAGUACUACAAGGACAACAUGUCGCUGGACGAGGCCCUCGAGGUGCUGGACCGCUGCAUUGCCGAGGUGCGCUCGCGCCUCCUUGUGUCGCCGCCCAACUUCCUCAUCAAGAUUGUCGACAAGGAUGGAGCCCGGGAGCUGCUCUGGAGGAGAACUGUUCCGCCUCCCCCUGGGCCUGAGACGGCGGCAGCUGGUGCACCUGUUGAAGUUAGUGCACAAUGAAGUCAUGCCCUGCUUAAUCCUGACUCUCCCCCCCCCCGCCCCCCCCCACUGUGACAUAUACUUCAUUGUAAAGAUUUUUAAGACUGGUUUGGAGGUGGCCUGUUAAAUCCUGUGGCUAAAAUAGCAAUCAAGAUUUCUAUUUGAU